AUGUCAUUGUCAAAUAAUACCAAUUUCCACCCCAGAACCUUUCUUCUCCAGGGCAUUCCUGGAAUGGAAGCCAUUCACACCUGCUUAUCAGUGCCCUUCUGCCUUGUUUACAUGGGUGCUCUCCUGGGAAAUUUCUCUGUUCUCUUAAUUAUCAGAAUGGAUCCCAACCUCCAUGAACCAAUGUACUUGUUUCUCUGUAUGCUCUCUGUGGCUGAUCUGAUCAUCUCUAAUACUGCCAUGCCUAAAAUCCUCAGCAUUUUUUGGUUCCAUGACAGAAAGAUCUAUUUUGAAGCCUGCCUUUUACAAGUAUUUCUUAUUCAUUCACUGUGUAGCAUGGCCUCAGGGUUUAUCUUGGCAAUGGCCUUUGACCGCUAUGUAGCAAUCUGCAAUCCUCUGAGACAUUCUACUGCCCUGACUUACAGAGUCAUCUGGAACUUGGGGCUGGCUAUUGUUUUUUGUGGGACUUUGCUUUUCAGUCCUCAGCCAUUCAUGCUGAGGUGGCUUCCCUACUGUAGAACUAAUAUCAUUCCUCAUACUUACUGUGAAUUCAUGGCUCUGAUCAAGCUUGCUUGUGCGGAGAACAGGAUCUACAGAAUAUACAGCGUAACUUCUGCCUUCCUAACUGGAGGUUUAGAUUUUAUAGUAAUCAUAUGUUCUUAUGUAGUCAUCCUUUACACUGUCUUCCAUCUUCCAUCAAAGGCUGCUCAGUUCAAGACCUUGGGUACCUGUGGAUCCCAUGUGUGUGUGAUCUUAGUAGCCUAUACUCCAGCCUUUUUCUCCUUCCUUACUCACAGGUUUGGGCAUAAUGCAGCUCCCCAUAUUCACAUCUUUGUGGCUAACAUCUACUUCCUUCUUCUACCCAUGGUGAACCCAAUGAUUUAUGGCAUAAGAACCAAGAGAAUCAGAGAACAUUUCCUUCAAGUUUUGACAUCUCACAAACUCUAA